AUGACUGUUCGCAACUCUUUAUUCAGCACCAUUACAAAUAUCUUUGAACGCCAUGGGGCAGUGACGAUCGACACCCCCGUUUUCGAGAUGCGAGAUAUUUUAUCGGGUAAAUAUGGCGAGGACAGCAAACUGAUUUACGAUUUGGCGGAUCAAGGAGGUGAAGCUUGUUCUUUACGUUAUGAUUUGACGGUACCCUUUGCCAGAUACCUAGCCAUGCAAGGUAAAAAAGAUGCACAACAAAUGAAGCGAUAUCAAGUAGCCAAAGUGUAUCGACGUGACCAACCCAUCAUGACCAAGGGACGAUUACGAGAAUUCUUUCAAUGUGAUUUCGAUAUUGCCGGUGUCUAUGAUCCCAUGAUCCCUGACGCUGAAGUCCUCAAGAUUUUAUGUGAUGCUUUGGAUGCCGUCCACAUUGAUUUCAAAAUUAAGCUCAAUCAUCGUCAAAUCUUGGAUGCUAUCUUUCAAGUAUCCGGUGUAUCACCAGAGAACAUUCGGAGUAUUUCAUCAGCAGUAGACAAGCUGGAUAAGAUAUCUUGGUCGGAGGUCAAGAAGGAGAUGAUGGUGGAAAAGGGCUUGGAUGAAUCCACAGCCGAUAAGAUUGGUGUCUAUGUGGAGGGAUUGAAAGGAAAGGAUACCAACAGUUUAUUAGAUUAUUUACAAAAGGAUCAAGCCUUCAUGGCGAAUCCAUCAGCAGUAAAAGGUGUGAACGAUGUGAAAUUACUGUUGGAGUUCCUUGACAUUUUUCAGGUCAAGGAUCGUGUUCAUUUAGAUUUAAGUUUAGCGCGUGGAUUGGAUUAUUAUACAGGUAUUAUUUACGAAGCCGUACAAACAGAAUCACAGGGAGUAGGAUCCAUAGCUGCUGGAGGUCGCUAUGAUGAUUUAGUUGGCAUGUUCUCGGGUACCAACAAAAAGGGGCAACCCAAGACGAUCCCAUGUGUUGGUGUCUCCAUUGGUGUAGAACGUGUCUUUUCGAUUUUGAUGGCACGACAAAACAUGGAAAAGAUCAAGAGCAAUGCUACGCAAGUGUAUAUUGUUUCCGUAGGAGACGGCUUAUUACAGGAGCGAAUGGCACUUGUGAAUGAAUUAUGGAAAGCAGGAAUUAAAGCUUCGUUUAUGCAAAAGAAUAAACCAAAGCUUGAGAAACAAUGGGCUGCUUGCGAAAAGGAUCAAAUUCCUUUUGCUGUCAUUGUGGGUAAAGAUGAACUGGAUCAGUCCCAAGUGCGUAUCAAAGAUAUGAGAAUCAAGGAUGCAACACAAGGUGGAGGAACCACGGUUCAUCGUAAAGACAUGAUUGAAACAUUAAAAAAUAAAAUUGCAAUGUUAUAA